AUGAGCUACUCGUACCUACCCACUACGAGCGCCAGUGCUUACCGUCCCGCCCGUCGUGAUACCACUACCCCCUCCGGUGUGUUCAAAACCGUGCAGGAAGCCCUGCCGUCCUGGGCCACGCAAGGGAUAUCAUCGGCCGCCCAGACGGCAUCCAGCCGCUUGGAGAAGCUCAAGGAUAGGAAUGAAUUAAAGGCUACGGUGUCGAGAGUAGUUAAAUGGCUUUUUACGAUCACGAAUGCUCUCAUACUGCUGUGGGUAUGGACGCUGUGGCGGGGAGAACGAGGCGUGUUCCAGGAGAGUCUGCAGUCAUGUGUUUGGGACUCGUGGGAGAAAUGGCCAACGGAUGCCAGGCCUCACCAUGUUGCCUUCAUCGCCGACCCCCAGCUCGUCGAUCCUCACACCUACCCCGGCCGCCCGUGGCCGCUCUCGACACUGACAGUGAAGUUUACGGACCAAUACAUGCGCCGCUCAUUCUCGUCAAUACAGCAGACCCUCGACCCAGACUCGGUCUUAUUUCUCGGUGACCUCUUCGAUGGCGGGCGAGAAUGGAGCACUCCGCACAGCAAGAGCCCGGAGGAGCGAUGGCAUAAAUACAAUGAUGAUUUCUGGAAGGCCGAGUUUCACCGCUUCGCCAAGAUCUUCAUAGAUCCCUGGAACGGUCAGGAGACGCAUUCGACGAGUCCGCGCGGGCGCCGACUGAUUGGCAGUUUACCGGGGAACCACGAUUUGGGAUUCGGCUCGGGGGUCCAGAUUCCGGUUCGCGAUCGCUUUCAGAAUUUCUUUGGGAAGGGGAAUCGUGUUGACGUUAUUGGGAACCAUACGUUUGUAUCUGUCGAUACGGUCUCGCUGAGCGCCAUGGAUCAGCCGGACCCGAAGACUGGGAGUACAGGCGGCGGAGAUGGCGCACGGCCAAAUCAGGCGAUCUGGCAGGAGCCGGAGGACUUUUUGAACGCGAUGAAUGUUCACCGGGGUCAAGCGGAGAUGGACGAGCUGCGCUUUCUCGGGACACCUCAAAAGGGUCGGCUGUUCAAGCAUGAUGUUGUCCAACCCUCUCAGCCCGUAGUAGAGCGGAAUCCCGAGCCGGAAAUCAUCGGGCUACCUGCUAUCCUGCUGACACAUGUUCCUUUGUUCCGGAAAUCAGGUACCCCAUGCGGCCCGCUGAGGGAGCGAUAUCCCCCCUCCUCGGAAGGCGUCCUUGAAGAGGACGAGCCGAACGCCAUCAGGAUCAGCGGCGGGUAUCAGUACCAGAACGUACUGACAAAGACAAUCUCCAACGAGAUUGUCUCCAAAGUAGGCCCGAACCUAGUUCACGUCUACUCCGGCGACGACCACGAUUACUGCGAGAUCACCCAUCGCGAGUUCAGCGGCUCGCCCAAGGAAAUUACAGUAAAGAGCACGUCCUGGGCGAUGGGGGUCCGAAAACCAGGUUUUCUCCUGACAAGUCUCUGGAACCCCAUUGACCCUGUCACGGGGAAGUCCAUCGACGACUCGGCCGCGCCCGGUGCUACCAUCCAAAACUACCUCUGCCUGCUCCCUGACCAACUCUCGAUAUUCAUACACUACGGGCUCAUCCUAGGUCUGACGCUUAUGAUCCUCAUCCUGAGAGCCGUCAUCGUCUCUCUCCGCGCAACACCCCAAUCCACACCCGACCCCGUGCUCCCCCUCACCGAAACCCGCGAACCCCGUACUCGCGGCCGAGCCGUCUCACACUCGUCCUCAUCAAGCAUACCGAACUCCUCUUUCAUCAAACCAGGCGGCCUAGCCAGCCGCGCAACGAACAACAACCCCCGCUAUUCGCCGCCUCAAUCAUACCCGUACAAUGAUGGUACAUACCCCGGCCUAGAUUACACCGAUGAGACGGAUACGUCAAAGUGGAGGCCCACUCACUCUGAGCGACGACGGCGCGGAGGAGACUCGCUCUUCGGCCGUGUCCGGUAUGAGUUUGCGGUCUCGGUGAAGAAGGUUGCCCGCGUGGCGCUUGUGUGGUAUUUCUUUUUGAUUUGGCGGUGGUGA